UUCCUAGCAGUUUCUCGCUAUUAAAAUUUUUUUUUAAUUUUACAGAACAAAAUCGCCUCCAUCGGUUUCCUCGAACGCAGCCGCUCCCAAAUGCUUACAAUUUCCACCUCUUCGUUAAUUCAAAAAAUAUUUGGAGGCACUCCCAAAAAGAAGCAAAAACAACUACGAAAUAAUAAAAAUAGUCCUUUAAUUAAUGAACAAAGGAAACAAUUGUUAGCUACUCCAACGUCUUUACAGAAUGGGGAAGCUGCCCACUUUCGCAAACCUCGAUGGCCUUUAACCCCUCUCCGUUCAUUUAACUCAACUUCUACGUGUUCCCCUACCCCUAAAAAACAGCAGCAACAAACUCCUCCGUAUACACCUACUAGCAGCAAUUAUUUUACUUCCUCAAAGCCUCAAGUAUUCCAAUUGCCCCCCAAAAAAGAAGCUUCAUGUUACAAUUUAAAUUUUCCUUCCAUCUCUUCUGGAAAUUUUUUUGAAACAAAUUUACCCCUAAAACAACAAAAUUGGGGGUAUAAUAAUGGAUAUAAUAAUACAAAUAAUAUUUACCCAAAUAAUUAUUAUCAUCAAAUACCUAUUUAUAGUGAGAGGCAUAGUAGAGAGGGAAAUUAUGAAUUAGUGUAUGAUGAAAGGCUAAAAGAAUGGAUUUACCCUUGGGAGAGUGCAUGUGCGAUGAGUUGGAGCGUCUUGCUUAUUUUUGCAGGCCUAAUGAAAAAUUAUGUUAUCAACCAGCUUUGUCUAAUGCCUCCCGGCCAUUUUAUGCUUCGCUUAUCUGGCAGUAGGCGGAGAUGUCUAGCACUAACCAUGCGUGUGCCAGAACCCAUAGAUGGCACAAUUACCCGAAAAAGAGGAAUCGCAAAUUAUUUAAUUAUUCGAAAUGUGCAUGGGUUUAGAAUUAGGGGCUCAAAACGCUAUUUUCAAUCACUCCCUAUGCUUAUCACCCAUCAUUCUGUUUUGCCUGAGCAGUUGCCCUGUAGACUCCAACUGUCAGAUUGGCGUUGGACUAGAGAACCCAAGACAAACACCCUACUUCGCCGUCAAAGCAGCGGUGGAAGCACAGCCAUCGCCAUGCGUUGUAGAGAUGAAGAAGGGAGACAAUCCCCUUCGGAUACGUCUAAUAUGGUUCGUUGGAGAAGGCCGUUAGCUUCCCAAAAUGAGGGUGGUGGGAGGAAUAUUCACUUGACUGGAAAGGAUCAGAAGUUAUCAAUAAAUGCUUCUACCAGAACUAAUAGUAUUAAUACCAUGUUUUCCUCAAAAUCUUCUACUUUACUCUCCGCGUGAUUAUUUUUUAAUUGAGACUAAUAUUCCCAAAUUUAAUCGAGACUUUGAUAUCCUCUUUA